ACCAAUAUAAGGAGUCCAGUCGGACAUUGCAGUGUGUGGUAGAAGAUCUUUCACGACUCCAGCUUGUGGAUUGUGGAAUAUAAAAGACUUUUUGACAUAAAGAGGGUCAGAAAAAUCUGCCACCAUGAGUACGGACGCAGAGAUGGCCAUUUAUGGCAAGGCUGCCAUUUACCUCCGUAAGCCAGAGAGGGAGAGAAUUGAGGCUCAAAACAAACCAUUUGAUGCCAAGGCUGCCUGCUAUGUGGCCGAUGCCAAAGAGCUGUACUUGAAGGGAACAAUCGUCAAGAAAGAUGGUGCCAAAGUCACUGUCAAAGUCCUGGACACCUCGGAGGAGAGGACAGUUAAAGAGGAUGACGUCACUCCAAUGAACCCUCCCAAGUAUGACAAAAUUGAGGACAUGGCUAUGAUGACCCAUCUCAAUGAAGCCUCUGUCCUGUAUAAUCUCAAAGAGCGUUAUGCAGCAUGGAUGAUCUACACCUACUCUGGAUUGUUCUGUGCCACCGUGAACCCCUAUAAGUGGCUCCCAGUGUACGAUGCUGAAGUUGUAAGUGCCUAUAGAGGCAAGAAGCGUAUGGAGGCUCCACCCCACAUCUUCUCUGUCUCUGACAACGCUUUUCAGAACAUGCUUACUGAUAGGGAGAACCAGUCUGUCUUGAUCACUGGAGAAUCUGGUGCUGGAAAGACUGUGAACACCAAGCGUGUCAUCCAAUACUUUGCAACAAUCUCAGUGGGAGGAGAUAAGAAGAAGCCAGAAGCUGGCAAAUUUCAAGGUUCACUGGAAGAUCAGAUUAUUGCAGCCAAUCCCCUGCUGGAGGCCUACGGUAAUGCCAAAACUGUGAGGAAUGACAACUCUUCUCGUUUUGGUAAAUUCAUCAGAAUUCAUUUCGGCACAACUGGCAAACUGGCUAGUGCUGAUAUUGAGACAUAUCUGCUGGAGAAGUCAAGAGUAACAUACCAGCUUUCUGAGGAGAGAGGUUACCACAUCUUCUACCAGAUGAUGACAAACCACAUACCUGGGCUGAUUGACAUGGCCCUCAUCACAACCAACCCCUAUGACUUCCCACUGAUCAGCAUGGGUCAGAUCACUGUGGCCAGCAUUGAUGACAAAGUUGAGCUGGAAGCCACUGAUAACGCUAUUGAUAUCCUGGGCUUCACUGGUGAAGAGAAGAUGGGCAUCUACAAGCUGACUGGUGCUGUGCUCCACCAUGGUAACAUGAAGUUCAAGCAGAAGCAGCGUGAGGAGCAGGCUGAGCCUGAUGGCACAGAAGAUGCUGACAAGGUUGCUUAUCUGUUGGGUCUGAACUCUGCUGACAUGCUGAAGGCUCUGUGCUAUCCCAGAGUGAAGGUCGGAAAUGAGUAUGUCACCAAGGGACAGACUGUACCUCAGGUGUCAAACUCAGUGACAGCCCUGGCCAAGUCUAUCUAUGAGAGGAUGUUCUUGUGGAUGGUUAUCCGUAUCAACCAGAUGUUGGACACUAAGCAGCAAAGGAACUCCUACAUUGGUGUCCUGGAUAUUGCCGGCUUUGAAAUCUUUGAUUUCAACACCUUGGAGCAGCUGUGCAUCAACUUCACCAAUGAGAAACUGCAACAGUUCUUCAACCACCACAUGUUCGUCCUGGAGCAAGAGGAGUACAAGAAGGAGGGUAUUAUCUGGGAGUUCAUUGACUUUGGCAUGGACUUGGCUGCCUGCAUUGAGCUGAUUGAAAAGCCCAUGGGCAUCUUCUCCAUCCUUGAAGAGGAGUGCAUGUUCCCCAAGGCUACAGACACAUCCUUCAAGAAUAAGCUUUAUGAUCAGCAUCUUGGCAAAAACAAAGCAUUUGAGAAGCCAAAACCCAGCAAGACCAAGGCUGAGGCGCACUUCUCCCUGGUGCACUAUGCUGGUACUGUGGACUACAAUAUCUCUGGCUGGCUGGACAAGAACAAGGACCCACUGAAUGAGUCUGUUCUGCAGCUGUACGCAAAGUCCUCAGUUAAACUGGUGGCUGUCCUCUAUCCUCCUCCUGCUGCUGAGGAUACUACCAAGAAGGGAGGAAAGAAGAAGGGUGGUUCUAUGCAGACUGUGUCUUCACAGUUUAGGGAGAACUUGGGCAAGCUGAUGACUAACUUGAGGAGCACCCAUCCUCACUUUGUGCGCUGCCUGAUUCCCAAUGAGUCAAAGACUCCAGGUUUGAUGGAGAACUUCCUGGUCAUCCACCAGCUCAGGUGUAAUGGUGUACUGGAAGGUAUCAGAAUCUGCAGAAAAGGUUUCCCCAGCAGAAUCCUCUAUGCUGAUUUCAAGCAGAGGUACAAGGUAUUGAAUGCCAGUGUCAUCCCUGAGGGCCAGUUCAUUGACAACAAGAAGGCUUCAGAGAAGCUGCUUGGAUCAAUUGAUGUUAACCAUGAUGAGUACAAAUUUGGACACACAAAGGUGUUCUUCAAGGCUGGUCUACUGGGUACCCUUGAGGAGAUGAGAGAUGACAAGCUGGCAACGCUGGUCACCAUGACUCAGGCUCUCUGCCGUGCUUACCUCAUGAGAAAGGAGUUUGUGAAGAUGACAGAAAGGAGGGAAGCAAUCUAUACCAUCCAGUACAACGUCCGCUCAUUCAUGAAUGUGAAACAUUGGCCAUGGAUGAAGGUGUACUACAAGAUCAAGCCUCUGCUGAAGACUGCUGAAACUGAAAAGGAGCUGGCUAGUAUGAAGGAGAACUAUGAUAAGAUGACCACAGACUUGGCUACUGCACUGGCCAAGAAGAAGGAACUGGAAGAGAAGAUGGUGUCUCUUCUGCAGGAGAAGAAUGAUCUGCAGCUCCAAGUGGCAUCCGAAUCAGAGAAUCUAAACGAUGCUGAGGAAAGAUGUGAGGGACUCAUCAAGAGUAAGAUUCAGAUGGAGGCCAAACUCAAGGAAACAACUGAGAGACUGGAGGAUGAAGAGGAAAUCAAUGCCGAGCUUACUGCCAAGAAGAGAAAGCUUGAGGAUGAAUGCUCUGAGCUUAAGAAGGAUAUUGAUGAUCUGGAGCUUACAUUGGCCAAGGUGGAGAAGGAGAAACACGCCACUGAGAACAAGGUCAAAAACCUGACAGAGGAGAUGGCCUCUCAGGAUGAGAGCAUUGCUAAGCUGACCAAGGAGAAGAAAGCCCUUCAGGAGGCUCAUCAGCAGACUCUGGAUGACCUCCAGGCUGAGGAAGACAAAGUCAACACUUUGACCAAGGCCAAGACCAAGCUUGAGCAGCAAGUCGAUGAUCUCGAGGGUUCUUUGGAACAAGAGAAGAAGCUGCGUAUGGACCUUGAAAGAGCCAAGAGAAAGCUGGAGGGCGAUCUGAAACUGGCCCAGGAAUCCAUCAUGGAUCUUGAGAAUGACAAGCAGCAGUCGGACGAGAAACUGAAAAAGAAGGACUUUGAAACCAGUCAACUCCUAAGCAAGAUUGAGGAUGAGCAGUCAAUGGGCGCUCAGCUUCAGAAGAAGAUCAAGGAGCUUCAGGCCCGUAUUGAGGAACUGGAGGAGGAGAUUGAGGCUGAGCGUGCAGCUCGUGCCAAGGUUGAGAAGCAGAGGGCUGAUCUCUCCAGGGAACUUGAGGAGAUCAGUGAGAGGCUGGAGGAAGCUGGUGGUGCCACUGCUUCUCAGAUUGAGAUGAACAAGAAGCGUGAGGCUGAAUUCCAGAAGCUCCGUCGUGACCUUGAGGAGUCCACUCUGCAGCAUGAAGCCACUGCUGCUUCUCUUCGCAAGAAACAGGCUGACAGCGUUGCUGAGCUGGGAGAGCAGAUCGACAACCUCCAGCGUGUCAAGCAGAAGCUUGAAAAGGAAAAGAGUGAAUACAAGAUGGAGAUUGACGACCUGUCCAGCAACAUGGAGGCUGUUGCCAAAGCAAAGGGAAAUCUUGAAAAGAUGUGCCGUACUCUUGAGGACCAACAUAGCGAACUGAAGACCAAGAAUGAUGAAAAUGUCCGUCAAAUCAAUGACGUCAGUGGACAGAAAGCACGUCUCCUGACAGAAAAUGGUGAAUUUGCCCGUCAAAUUGAAGAGAAGGAAGCUCUUGUCUCCCAGUUGACCAGAGGCAAACAGGCCUUCACACAACAGGUUGAGGAGCUGAAGAGACAGAUUGAGGAGGAGGUUAAGGCCAAGAAUGCUCUUGCCCAUGGAGUGCAAUCUGCCCGCCAUGACUGUGAUCUGCUGAGGGAACAGUUUGAGGAGGAGCAGGAGGCCAAGGCUGAGCUGCAGCGUGGAAUGUCCAAGGCCAACAGUGAGGUGGCUCAGUGGAGAUCUAAGUAUGAAACUGAUGCUAUCCAGCGCACUGAGGAGCUUGAAGAGUCCAAGAAAAAGCUUGCCCAGCGUCUUCAGGAAGCUGAGGAGCAGAUCGAGGCUGUAAACUCCAAGUGUGCAUCUCUGGAGAAAACCAAACAGAGGCUCCAGAGUGAGGUGGAGGACCUCAUGAUUGAUGUCGAGAGGGCGAAUGGGCUGGCUGCUAACCUGGACAAGAAGCAGAGGAACUUCGACAAGGUUUUGGCAGAGUGGAAACAGAAGUACGAGGAGGGUCAGUCAGAACUUGAAGGAGCUCAGAAGGAGGCUCGUUCUCUCAGCACUGAGCUGUUCAAGAUGAAGAACUCUUAUGAGGAAUCUCUGGAUCAGCUGGAGACCAUGAAGCGUGAAAACAAGAACUUGCAACAGGAGAUCUCUGAUCUGACUGAACAGAUUGGUGAGACUGGCAAGAGCAUCCAUGAGCUGGAAAAGACCAAGAAGCAGGUGGAGACAGAGAAAGCUGAGAUCCAGACAGCUCUUGAGGAGGCUGAGGGAACUCUGGAACAUGAAGAGUCCAAGAUCCUGCGUGUCCAGCUGGAACUCAACCAGAUCAAGGGUGAGGUGGACAGGAAGCUGGCAGAAAAAGAUGAGGAGAUGGAGCAGAUCAAGAGAAACAGUCAGAGGGUGAUUGACUCCAUGCAGAGCACUCUGGAUUCUGAGGUCAGGAGCAGGAACGACGCCCUGAGAAUCAAGAAGAAGAUGGAGGGAGACCUGAAUGAGAUGGAGAUUCAGCUCAGCCAUGCCAAUCGCCAGGCUGCUGAGUCCCAGAAGCAGCUGAGGAAUGUGCAGGCACAGCUGAAGGAUGCUCAAUUGCACCUUGACGAUGCUUGUAGAGCCCAGGAUGACCUCAAGGAACAAGCUGCUAUGGUAGAUCGCAGGAACGGUCUCAUGGUGGCUGAAAUUGAGGAACUUAGAUCUGCUCUGGAACAGACAGAGAGAGGUCGCAAAGUUGCUGAACAGGAGCUGGUGGAUGCCAGUGAGCGUGUUGGACUUCUGCACUCUCAGAACACAAGCCUUCUGAACACCAAGAAGAAGCUUGAGUCUGACCUGGUCCAGAUCCAGAGUGAAGUUGAUGACACUGUUCAGGAAGCAAGGAAUGCAGAGGACAAGGCUAAGAAGGCCAUCACUGAUGCUGCAAUGAUGGCAGAGGAGCUGAAGAAGGAGCAGGAUACAAGCUCUCACCUGGAGAGGAUGAAGAAGAACCUGGAGGUCACUGUUAAGGACCUGCAGCACCGUCUGGAUGAGGCUGAGAACCUGGCUAUGAAGGGAGGCAAGAAGCAGCUCCAGAAACUGGAGUCUAGAGUGCGUGAGCUGGAGACAGAAGUUGAGGCUGAGCAGAGACGUGGAGCAGAUGCUAUUAAGGGUGUCCGCAAAUACGAGAGGAGAGUGAAGGAGCUCACCUAUCAGACUGAGGAGGACAAGAAAAAUGUUACCAGGCUGCAGGAUCUGGUUGACAAGUUGCAGCUCAAGGUGAAGGCCUACAAGAGGCAGGCUGAGGAAGCGGAGGAGCAGGCCAAUGUUCACCUGUCCAAGUGCAGGAAGGUCCAGCAUGAGCUGGAAGAGGCCGAGGAGCGUGCUGACAUCGCAGAGUCCCAGGUCAACAAGUUGAGAGUCAAGAGCCGUGACUCUGGCAAGGUCAGUCUGGUCAAACAACAAUAAACCUUAAUUUAUUAAUUUUCACAUUAUGUUUACAUCGUAUUAGGUCUAAAUACUUUGCAAAAUGUGUUCAAAAUUAACUGUCACCUAAAGCUUAUUAAACUGUAACUCACAAAAAACAUGUAUCUGUUUUUACAGGUAAAAGAAGCAGCUGAGUAAAGCACAAUGAAAGGCAAGCUAUGAUGAAUCAUAUAAUAUGAUACAAUGCUGACACAAUAAAGAUUAAGCUGUUGAUUUUAA